AUGGCAGAAGAGGAAGUGAACAUUCAUAGGGCAGCCUUAUUUGAGAAUGAGGCGUAUGUGGUGACUUGUAUGGCAGUGGAUGAACUACAGGGUAUCUUGGCAGUCGCUCGUCGAGCAGAUUACGGAGAAGGAAGUCAGCGUGAAUCCUUGCUCGAGUUUUGGAACAUAGUGAAGACUCCGAUUUUCCACGUUAAAACGCGGAGCUUGAGUUUGCUUGGUGUUGAAGCUUUAAUCUGGAUCAACUCUUAUUUGUUAUCUAGCCAUUUGGACGGCUCAAUUCUUAUCCAUCAGCUGCAUCGGCCUGGCAGUUUGAGAGUACAAGUUUGCCCUUCACCAUUAUGGACCUUGGCAGCUUCUAGCGGUAGUCGCUUUUGGGCUGGGUCAGACGCAGGCGGGGUUUUUUUUCUCACCUUAGUCAAUGGAGAAGUGGUUGUAGGAAAAACUGUUAACAUUGGAUUUGGUUCACGUGUUAUUUCUUUGGCUGCCAAUGAGAAAGUCGUAGCUGCUGGUUCUAUAGAUAAAAUAACCAUUGUUGAUUGUAACACUUCAAAAAUCUUGAGGACCCUUCAUAUCCCUCGCAGUGAAAAAAGGAAACCAACUAUUGCUUGGUCUCUUGGAUUUUUAAAUAACAUGCUAGUUUCUGGCGAUUCGAGAGGUUGUGUAUCGUUUUGGAAUAUUGAGAAUGGUGCUUUGAUCCAAACUUAUGAAAAACACCAGGCAGAUGUUUUAUCUUUGUGCGUUGCUGGUGAUUCAGUUUAUGCUGCUGGUGUCGAUCCAACAAUAAUACAUUUUACCUGUGUUCAGGACUACCCUUCUGUACGAAUAACAAACUUUCGACGGAUUCACUUAAAUGAUGUUCGCGCACUUGUUUUUUCCGGUGGUAGGCUAUUUUCUGGCGGAGCCGAACACAAUUUCCUUCUUAGUACUUUUGAAGGGUGUCAAGGUGCAGUUAAAGUUCCGGUUGCCUCCUACGUUCCUAAAAAAGGCCUUAUUCUUUAUCAGUAUACUAAGUAUCUCAUUAUAUGGCUGCGGGGCUCGCCUGAACCCACUUCUACAAAGGAUGGAAAAUUUAUGCUGUUGGAAGAGCCAGUGAAGUUGGCAAAAAUUGCUGCACCUAGGAACGAAUACAUCAUUUCAAGUGCCAUCAAUGAGGAUGGUAGCGUGUUAGGAUUAUCUACAAGUAAAUCACUGAAUUUGUACGAAACUUCUCUCCCGAAGCUUAGUCGGGACAAUGUCUCGUCAUUUUCAAUUGCGAUAAGAAAAUUGGCUGAACUAGAUUUUUACGCGUCGUGUAUGGCUUUCUUAGAAAACCAGUUAUUUUUUGCUACUGAUUCUUUGAAGAUUUGUAGCAUUGACUGUAACCGUCCGGAAGUUCCAAACACUCUUACUGUCCGUGAGAACUCGGGUGAGGGAACUUUAAUUCGAGUAUUUCGUCGUAAUGAUUCUUACCAAAUAGCAUUGUUGACGACUCGAAAUGAACUAUUGUAUAAGUCUGAGGAGUCGAGUGAUUUAUAUUCGUUGGAUUUACAAAAGUUGGACUCGCCGCUAAUGGAUGUCCAGUUUACAACCAGUGGUUCUCUCUUGGUUUUGUGUGCGAGUAGAGAACACGCGUUUUUUGAAUGUACUCUGAAAGCUAAAGGAAAGAACAAGAAGAACUGUUUUCUAGUGGAGGAAUUCGCUUCUGGGAAGAGUACGAACGAAUUAUUAAGGCUCAGUAAGAGGGAUUAUGUCCAGUGCUUCCAAACAUCGCAAUGGGGAAUAUGUUUAGUUUCAGCAUGCGGCGCGGUUCGACUACUAGUGCCUUAUGGCGAGAAAAUUGCCGUGAUGUAUACUGGCUUUGAAGAGAGGUCUAAGUCAGAACAAGUCCAGCCAUGUUCUAUUUCAUGGAUAGAAAAGAAAAGUGUUUUGUUAUCACUUCUAAGUGGACCUUCUGAAAUGUCACAGGAAGGUUUUUCAUUGCGAAGGUUUGGUAGGAAAUGA